GUGUUUUUUGUUAUUAAAGCUGCUUGAUGCAAGAUGGUGAUGGCCGCAGUUGUAGGUUUGGCUGCCGGAAAAAGGUUUCCAAGAAGCUCUUUUUAUUCCUCAGAUUUUGCAGAAAAAAACAUUUUUUCUGAUCAUAAAACUGUUCGGCCAUCAACAACUUCAAAUAUAGCCAUUAUAUUUGCUCAAAAGUCAUCAAAUUUUUGCACGGAAGCUUCAGCACACAGACAAUCAAAACCCAUCAAAGCUCUUAUGACACAUGUCGAUACUUACGCCCCCUCCGCCGCUCAUAACUCGUUCGACAUCUCCGGCGGCGGUGCCGUCGAGGAUCACGGCGGUGACAUCGAAUCUUCCCUCGAAGCCCUAAUCUUGUUGCAGAAAUCCAUGUUGGAGAAGCAAUGGGAGCUCUCAUUCCGACAUGUGAGGAGUGCUGCAACUAGUACUGAGAGGAAGGCGGGGGUUGCUCCAUCUGGGAUCUCGGCGGAGCAACGGAGAGCGGAGAGGAGGAGGAGGAAGUUUACCCAUCAGAAUGCUUCUGAAGAACUUAUGAACAAAGGGGAGAAGCUUUCUUCUAUUGUUAGUGCUGAGUUUCAGCAGAAUGGUUUAAGAGGUUAUGUGAGGGGUAAUCCAAGUGAAGCUCUGCUCAGACAUUCAGAGGUAGUUCAUUUAUCCAAAAAGAUUAAAGCUGGUCUUUUGUUGGAGGAGCAGAAAGGAGCAGUAACGAAGUCAAGGGUGAUAUGUUCUUCAUCUUAUCGCCUUGGAAGACAUUAUCCAACCAACGAGGGGGUUUCAGGUUCUUCUAUGGAAGAACAAAUACGUAAUGGAGGAGUCUCAACUGGAGAUCAUAUAAUUCCUACGAGGGAUCCAACAACCACCGUCCACACCGAUGACCGAAACUCGUUUACCAUUAAAUUGGUGACUUACGAGAAACAUACUGCCCGGAGGAACUCGUACUGUCCCCCUGCUCAAAAGGGAACAAUUCCUUUGCCAGGACAUGAUGAUGAACUCCUAGACACACAAGAUUCAUCCCAACUCUUAGGAAUUCGUCAAAGUGAAGGAGAGUCGCUUAAAGACUACUUUCGCAGGUUUUCUGCUGAAGCAUGUCAAAUUUCAGGAGUAGAUCCAGAGUUACUUAAGGGGGUUUUCCUCGGGGGGCUCCGCCCAAGACCCUUCCACUCAUCACCGAUGCGAGAGACAGUUCGUUCUUAUACCGAUCUUGUCCACCGUGUUGAGGCUCAAAUCACUGCAUAUGAGACUAUCAGUGCACAUAAGGAACAAUUUGAGAAAUUUGGGGGAAAGCACAAAGGUAACUCCAGAGACAAUAAUCUAUCUUCGCAAAAGAGAAAGUCUGAACAACAGAAGAAUCGUGACCUCCUCCUUCAACUUGCGGGUCAACAAACUGAAUAUCGACCCAAGAAAAAGUAUACACCAUUCAACACGUCGCGUGUAAACAUAUGGAAGGCCAUCAAGGAUGAACAAGCUGUUAAAUUCUUUGAUGCAAAAAAAGUUACAGUUCUCUCUCUUUUUCAGGGCGUUUCUCGAACUCUCGCUGAGAAUUCGAGAACCUUGAGAUUACCAACUCAUUUGCAUGAACGAUUGAGCUCCAUUCACCAUGCAAAAAUCAGGCUGCAGGAGAAAGGAAUCACUCCAUCUAUUGAUAAUAUUGCAGAGAGUCUGAAUAUGUCAACAAAGAAAGUGAGAAACGCUACUGAGGCAGUCAAUAGAGUUCUAUCUCUUGAUAGGGAAGCUUUUCCUUCACUGAAUGGCCUUCCUGGAGAUACUCUCCACAGUUAUAUUGCAGAUAAUAAUGUCGACAACAAUCCUUGGCAUGGUUUUGAAAAAUGGUCACUUAAGGAUGAGGUUCAUAGACUUCUUAAUACAGCCCUUAGCAAACGUGAAAGAGAAAUUAUAUGCAGCUACUAUGGCUUAGAUAAGGCCAAUGAGACAUGGGAGGAUAUUGGCAAACAACUUGGCUUGUCGAGGGAGAGAGUCAGGCAAGUGGGACUGGUCGCCAUGGAGAAGCUAAAGCACGCAGCAAGGAGGAAGAAGAUGGAGGCACUGCUGGUAAAACAUUGAAGCUUCUUCCACUUCUAUAUUUUAUUGUGUAUAGAGGAGAAUACAGAAGUUGUAAAUCCAUAUUUGUUUCUCACUGCUGGAAAAAGUAAGCAUACAUGUAAAUUUAUGAACUAAAACUUUUUCGCACUGAUCUGUGCUGAGGCGAGUUUCUCCCUAUUUUGUGGUUUCAAGACACAAAUUUUCAGAUAUAAUGCACAAUUAUUCUGAUGUAUUUA